UCACGGGUGCCGCCACUGUCCGUGCCGUCCCGAGCCCACACUGCCAGCCACUGUACCCCAACGCAGCACUCCUCCCGAAAUUCCCCUCCCCCGAGACGAGACGCAGCCCCAGCAAAAAGCCACCGCCCGCAGCGGGAAAAAAGCGGCGACGCCAGCCAGUGAGGGGCAAAAGCUUCAUCACUUCCAGCUCCAGCUCUCAGCACCCCUCUCCUCGCCUCUCCUACUCCCCCACAAUGCCGCCUCGCCCGUAGCUGCGUCCCCAGCUCCCGCGCCUGCCGCAAUGCCUAGCCCCCGCGCGCCCCUGGCGGCGCUGGCGGCCCUGCUCGCGGUCGCCGCCCUGGCCCCCCGCGCCGCCGCGGAGCCCCCGCCCAGCGAGCGGUCCGCGCUGCUGGCGUUCCUCACCGCGACCCCGCACGAGCGCCGCCUCGGCUGGAACACCUCCACCCCGACGUGCGGCUGGGUCGGGGUCACCUGCGACAGCUCCGGUUCCACCGUCGUCGAGGUGCGCCUCCCGGGCGUCGGCAUCGUCGGCGCCAUCCCGCCGGGCACGCUCGGCCGCCUCACCAACCUCCGCGUGCUCUCGCUCCGCUCCAACCGCGUCCUGGGCUCCAUCCCCGACGACGUGCUGCAGCUGCCCAACCUCAAGGCGCUCUUCCUGCAGCACAACCGGCUGUCCGGCGCCAUCCCGCCGGGGAUCGCCAGGCUCGGCGGGCUCGAGCGCCUCGUGCUCGCGCACAACAACCUCUCGGGCCCCAUCCCCUUCGCGCUCAACAACCUCACCGCGCUGCGGGUGCUCCGGCUCGACGGCAACAACCUCUCCGGGAGCAUUCCCAGCAUCAGCAUCCCGGCGCUCGCCGUCUUCAACGUCUCCGACAACAGCCUCAACGGCUCCAUCCCGAAAUCGCUCUCGCACUUCCCGCGGGACUCCUUCGCGGGAAACCUCCAGCUCUGCGGCGACCCGCUCCCGCCAUGCGGCAGCCCGUUCUUCCCCCCAGCGCCGGCGCCCGGGAUGAGCCCGGCCGGCGGCGGCCCCAUGCCGGGCUCCUCCAAGAAGCGGAAGCUCUCCGGCGCGGCAAUCGCGGGCAUCGUCGUGGGCGCCGUGGUGGCAGGGCUCCUACUCCUCAUCGCUAUCGUGCUCUGCGCCGUGUCCCGCAGGCGGAGGGGCGGCGCGCGCGAGGGGCCCAAGGCCGCGACGACGUCCGCGGCGGCGGCGGCGGCGGCGGGGAGAGGGCAGCCCCCGCCGGCUUCCGGCGAGGGCGGCGGCAUGACGUCUUCGUCCAAGGAGGACCUCGGGGGCGGCGCGUCCGGGUCGGCCGCGGCCGUGGCCGCCUCUGCGGCGGGCGGCGCCGCGGGGGAGCAGAGCCGGCUGGUGUUCGUGGGCAAGGGCGCCGGGUACAGCUUCGACCUGGAGGACCUGCUGCGCGCGUCGGCGGAGGUGCUGGGCAAGGGCAGCGUGGGGACGUCGUACAAGGCGGUGCUGGAGGAAGGCACGACGGUGGUGGUGAAGCGGCUCAAGGACGUGGCGGUGGCGCGGCGCGAGUUCGACGCGCACAUGGAGGCGCUCGGCCGGGUGGAGCACCGCAACGUGCUCCCCGUGCGCGCCUACUACUUCUCCAAGGACGAGAAGCUCCUCGUCUACGACUACCUCCCCAACGGCAGCCUCUCCGCCAUGCUGCACGGGAGCCGGGGCUCGGGGCGGACGCCGCUGGACUGGGAGGCGCGCAUGCGCUCCGCGCUGUCCGCCGCUCGCGGGCUGGCGCACCUGCACACCGCGCACAACCUCGUGCACGGCAACGUCAAGGCCUCCAACGUGCUGCUCCGGCCGGACCCGGACGCGGCGGCGCUCUCGGACUUCAGCCUCCACCAGCUGUUCGCGCCGUCGUCGACGCGGGCCGGCGGGUACCGCGCGCCGGAGGUGGUGGACUCGCGCCGGCUGACGUUCAAGUCCGACGUCUACUCCCUCGGCGUGCUGCUCCUGGAGCUCCUGACGGGCAAGUCCCCGGCGCACGCGUCCCUGGAGGGCGACGGCACGCUGGACCUGCCCCGGUGGGUGCAGUCCGUGGUGCGGGAGGAGUGGACCGCCGAGGUGUUCGACGUGGAGCUCGUGCGGCUGGGCGCCAGCGCCGAGGAGGAGAUGGUGGCGCUGCUGCAGGUGGCCAUGGCGUGCGUGGCCACAGUCCCGGACGCGCGGCCGGACGCCCCCGACGUGGUCCGGAUGAUCGAGGAGAUCGGCGCCGGCCACGGCGGCCGGACGACGACGGAGGAGAGCGAGGGCGUGCGGGGCACGUCGGAGGAGGAGCGGUCGCGGUCGGGGGGCACGCCGCCGGCCGCACCGACGCCGUGAGCGCCGUUAGAGGAGGGUAAAGUACUAAAGUGGUUCUUCGCCAGAUUAAAUUGCAUAGGUUCUUUGGUGCUGUAUGUCUGUGGACCGUGGUGUUCUGUUCUUUCUCCCCCUUUUUCCAGGGCAUUGUUUUGUUGGAUCGAAUUGUAUUUUUCCUACUCCCCUCCAUCUCUCUCUCCCUCAGGCUUCAUUCAUGCAAGUAAAAAGAAAAUGUAAUUUUCUUCAGCUUCUUUGUCCCCUUCGUGAUGUUUGUUCGACAC